UCACGAAGGUCUCUUUCCAUCACCUUUCCAUAAUGUCAGAGCUGUUCUUGGGAACCUGGAAACUCAUCUCUAGUGAAAACUUUGACGAAUAUAUGAAAGAACUAGGAGUAUGCUAUUCCCAAAGGAAGCUGGGAAGCCUAGCCAAGCCGACAGUGGUCAUUUCCAAGGAUAAAGAUGUCAUCACCAUCAGAACAGAAACUGUCUUUAAAGUGAAUGAGGUCUCCUUCAGACUGGGCCAGGAGUUUGAAGAAACAACAAUGGAUUGCAGGCAUGCCAAGAGCAUAGUAACGAUGGAGGGCAGUACUCUGACUAAAGUCCAGAAGUGGGGUGACAAAUGUACGAUUAUCAAAAGAAAAUUAGUUGGUGGGAAUAUGGUGGUGGAAUGUACCAUGAAUGACGUUACCUGUACCAGAGUCUACGCGAGAGUGUGAAGUUACUCCCCAUCAUUUCAGUUUAAAUUUACCUGUGGUUCACUAGUUAAGCGUUCAAAUUUUGAUGGUGUCUUUUAUG